AUGGCCUCGUCCGCGGAGUACGGGCAACCUCGCUCGCCGGAUGAUUAUGGUGCUGGUUGCCCGAGAUGGAUGGACCCGGAGGGAAAACAUGGGAAGGUGAUUGUACUUUCUCUCAAAGCCGCCAAUGAUGGAGUUCUACCGAAGAAUCACCCCUUCACUGUCGGUAAGUCUAUUCAAUCAUUAAUUGGAGACUGUUACACUGCCACUACUGAAGCAAAAGGCAGCAAAUAUAUAAUCAAGGUGAGAAAACAAAUUCAUGCUACCAAACUGAUCGAAAUGAAAAAAUUGUUUGAUGGAACACUGGUCGAAAUUGUUUUACAUCCCAAUUUAAACUACAGUAGAUGCAUAGUAAAUUGCCCGGAAGUAAACGAAAUGUCACAGGAAGAGAUUCUUGCUGAACUAGCUUCACAAGGUGUCACUGCUGUGCGUCGGAUUACUAAAAUGGUUGACAAGGUUAGAAUAAAUACACCUUCAAUGGUACUAACGAUACAAGGAACCACCUGGCCACAGUACAUUUACUUCGGUGCGCUCAGAGUAGCAACGCGAUGUUACUAUCCCACACCGAUGCUGUGUUUUGGUUGUCUGGAGUACGGACACACGAAGGCUCGCUGCCAAAGCUUACCUCGAUGCCAAAACUGCUCCGCUCAAGAACACAAAAGCGAUGAAUGCAAAGAAACUUCUAACUGUCUCCAUUGCAAGCAAGGCCAUAAGCCGAUCGAUCGUAACUGCCCAAUUUAUCAACGGGAGAAUGAAAUCGUCAGGAUGAAAACUGAUCAAGGCCUAUCUUUCGCAGAAGCUAAAAAGCUUUACGACAGCCGCGACAGUGCAAAAUCAUAUUCAAACGUUAGCAAACGAUUAAAUGUGCAACUAGACAGCAAGGACAAGGAGAUUGCUGGGCUUAAGGUAGAACUAGCUGCUCUACAGAACCAACUAACAGCAGUACUCAACGAGCUGAAAAAACGCACCUACUGCCAAUGUCAAACGAAAGAAGGAAGUCAAGACAAGAAAAAGGAUCGCAACAAACGGGCAAAAGAGGUAUCUCCUGAAACAAUAAACGGAUCUGAUUUUCGGCAACCGCCUUUGAAAAAGGUGACUGGCGGAGACUCUGGAAACACUGAGGAAAAUAAAAAUCAGCUGACUGCUGCGCAAACCACAAUAAUGGAAACAUCAGGGACUAUAAACUCGGAUACGAACAACGACUAUAUGAGCAUAACAGACGAAUCGGAAACCGAAACUCUCGUUAUCACCAAGAAAGGCAAAAAGAAAAUUCAGCGGCAUACCAAUGGCCACACCAAUCAAUAA